AUGCAUUCCGGUCGUACAUUGAAAGAGUUUCGCGGCCAUACGAGCUAUGUCAACUGCGUCGGCUUCGCGGACGGUCCCGGUCAUCAACGCUUGGUGGUCAGUGGAUGUGCUGACGGCUUCGUGAGGGUUUUCGAUCUGCGAUCGAGCGAAAUUUUACACAAGUUCGCCCCUCCUCCACCAGCAUAUCAGAAUGAGAAUAUCACCUUAGAUGUCCGGGACAUCGUGAUUGUGUCGAGUUCCUCCUCAACUGGGCUGAGUGAGGAUACAUUACUCAUUUGUCAGCAGUCGAGCACCGUCCACCAAAUGACUGUGGCUGGUCAACUACUGAAGUCGUAUGAGUCUGGUAAGAAGCUGGGCUGA